UUUCAAGUUGUCUCGACUUUUGCUUUAUUUUGCGGGUUUCAGCAUUAUGCCAUGGAGCUAAUCUAUGUUGUUUUAUAUAUAUGCCUUUCCUACUCGCCUAGAGCUUAACACACUAGGACAAAUGUCCCGGCAGGAGUUGAUGGCAGCUCAAGGUCGAGAUCAUGUGAUAGGAACUACAAUCAGUGCCAUGAAGUGUGGCAAAUGGCCGGAUGAUAUCCAGUCUAACCCAGAGAUGAUGCUAAUAAAAAAAGAAGUCGGAAAGUUGGUCAUGAGAAAUGGACUUCUUCACUGUGUGAGUACGUGAAGUCAUACAGGAGAGAAGACUGACCAGCUUGUGCUACCUGCUGAGUUCAAGGCAGUAGUAUUGAAGUCCAUGCACGAUGACUUAGGUCAUUUAGGACAAGAGAGGACUACUGAUAUUCUCAGAAGUAGGUUCUACUGGCCAAAAAUCGCUGCUGAUGUUGAGCAAUAUAUCAGGAACUGUGGAGAGUGCAUGUUGAGGAAAAGCCCAUGUCAAAGAGUUGCCCCAUUACAUCAAAUAGUCAUCACCGGGCCAAUGGAGCUUGUGUGCAUCGACUUUCUCUCUAUGGAACCUGAUUCAACAGGAAUUAGUAAUGUGUUGGUUGUUACUGACCACUUCACAAGAUAUGCUCAAGCCUUUCCUACCAAGAACCAAAAAGCCCACACCGUUGCCAAGAUCUUAGUGGAAAAGUCUUUUGUGCAUUAUGGAUUGCCUACACGGAUCCACUCGGAUCAAGGACGAGAUUUUGAGUCCAAACUCAUUAAAGAACUGCUGAGGAUGUUGGGCAUACGAAAAUCACGUACAACCCCAUAUCACCCACAGGGGGAUCCCCAGCCAGAACGAUUCAAUCGUACUCUGUUGUCAAUGCUGGGCACGCUGAAUCAAGAGAAUAAACGCCGUAUAUAUAAACGGCACUAAAUGUGAUGCCACGGGAUACUCCCCAUAUUUCUUGAUGUUUGGGAGAGAAGCUCGACUCCCAGUGGAUGUAUGCUUUGGGACACACCCAGAUGGAAAAGGUGAACAACAGCACUCUUCUUAUGUCACUAAGUUGAAAGAAGCACUGCAAAAGGCUUACCAGAUGGCUACAGAAGUUUCUAACAAAAGGCAUCUGCGCAACAAAAAAGCCUAUGACAAGAGACUAGGGUUUCAAAACCUAGAGCCUGGUGAUAGAGUGUUGCUGAAGAAUCUGGGACUAAGAGGGAAACACAAGCUUGGAAACCGUUGGUGUGAGGUUCCCUAUGUUGUAGCAGAGAAGAUGCCAAACCUGCCUGUCUAUAAGCUGAAACCUCAGAGUGGGAAAGGGAAGCUGAAAACACUACACAGAGACAAUCUGUUGCCGAUUGGAGACCUUGUGAAGAUUCCAGCUAUUGACAACACAGAAGAUGUGCCGACCAGACCAGCAACUCGAGCAAAUGGUCAUAAAAGACAUAAGAGAGCCACAACAGAUCACCCAAUACAAUUAGAGGGUGACAUGUCAACUGAGUCGUCUGAUCUUGAGUGUGACUGGUCACACAGACCAUACAGAACAUAUCUGGAAAAGAUCAUUCAAAGACAGGAAGAGAACAAUACGGACCGGGCAGAGCAGCCAGGAGUCUGCAUCCCUGAGAAAGACAGCUGCCCAGAGACAGAGAAUUCUCCUCUGGAAGACCAAGAUCCGGAUACUGCCCCUGAGACUGAUUCAGGCCCGCAGUCAAGUGAUUCAAGUGAAGAAGAUGACAGACAACAGUCAAGCCGUCCAAACAUAGUUGUGACUCCAAGGCAAACUAGGCCAAAAAGAUUAUUGAAGCCAGCGGUAAGACUUACCUAUGAUAAACCAGGAAAAGCAAGAGAUGAACCUAUUACUAUUGUACACAGAGGUGUAACAAUAAAGAUUGGAAAAAGUUAGAGAACGCCUGUAAAAAAAAAACACUCACAUAGUUUAGUUCAUUAGGUCUGUUGAGGACACCAGACGUUUAGACGGGGGAGUGUGUAACCAGGUUGAAAAUAACCCUUACAGUGAAAUUAAAACAAGAUAAUAAAUAUGUCAUUUAGUGUUAGAGUUUAUUGAAGGAUAAAAGUGUUUUCAUAAACUGUGUUUUCAUAAUGUAUUCUCAUUGCUGUGUUACAAGGAGUGUUAAUGGAGGAACAAAGAAGAGUCUGUUUAAAAUGGCACACAUACACACACACACAGAUUCACAUGACUGACAGUCACAAGAUCCACACUAACAAAUAAGGCGUUGGUCAAGACCACAUGAUUGUCUCAUGUUACUGGUUGUUGAAAUAAAAAGACUGCACUGAGAGUUGGUUCUCCUAGCUGAGAGUUGGUUCUCCUAGCUGAGGGCCGAUUCUCCUAGCUGAGAGUUGGUUAAGGAGUUGACAUGACAUGUCACUCGCUGAUUCUCCUUGCAGCAAGUAAACUGGAAACAUGAGUCCUGUUAUCUUUGUUCACUGGGUUCUGGUAUAUUUGAACCGAGCUGGGGUUUACUCUUACAAAGUAAUAUAGAAAUACCCUACAUUAAUUGGUCCUUCGGAGCCGGAUUCCAACACAUCGUGACGGGAAGGAGGAGGGAAAAGACACGCCGCAAGUCUGUCGACAGCCGGGAUCAUCAGCCGACCCCGAGAAAGACCCGGGACGCAGAAUUCGUGGCCGGGCCGGUGCUUAUAUGUCCAACCUCCCUCAUCCUCGGCACGAUUGACGGAAUCCAACCGGACCAGUGACCACAGAUAACGGGAUACUCGAGUGCAGACUGGUGACCAGGUCCUCGUGAAGGUGAUUAAGAGGAAGCAUUGGCACUGUCCACGGUGGGACGGUCCCUACACGGUACUGCUGACAACACCGACUGCACUAAAAAUCGCCGAAAGAACUACGUGGAUACAUCAGAGCCACUGCAAAAAGAUAAUACCUCUCCAACUUAACGACAGAUAAGUGGUGGAAGUCCGGCUACAAAGGGCGGUGUUUCAUUAGGAAAUACUGGUCUCAACCCCGGUGAAGAAAACAACAGAACCACUAUCACAAAUAGACUAUGUUGGGAAAGGUGUUGUGUGUAGUGACCCUGCUGGGUCUGACGCUAAUGACUAUAAAGACACUGUAACCAGCUAGUAAUUAUGAAAAACAGGAGGGAAUGUUAGAGUUUAUUGAAGGAUAAAAGUGUUUUCAUAAACUGUGUUUUCAUAAUGUAUUCUCAUUGCUGUGUUACAAGGAGUGUUAAUGGAGGAACAAAGAAGAGUCUGUUUAAAAUGGCACACAUACACACACACACAGAUUCACAUGACUGACAGUCACAAGAUCCACACUAACAAAUAAGGCGUUGGUCAAGACCACAUGAUUGUCUCAUGUUACUGUUUGUUGAAAUAAAAAGACUGCACUGAGAGUUGGUUCUCCUAGCUGAGAGUUGGUUCUCCUAGCUGAGGGCCGAUUCUCCUAGCUGAGAGUUGGUUAAGGAGUUGACAUGACAUGUCACUCGCUGAUUCUCCUUGCAGCAAGUAAACUGGAAACAUGAGUCCUGUUAUCUUUGUUCACUGGGUUCUGGUAUAUUUGAACCGAGCUGGGGUUUACUCUUACAAAGUA